UCUGAAGGGAAAACGCGUCUAAGACUCUUUUUAGAGCUUGUUUAGAGCUUCCCUUACAAUUUCAUUGUUUCUUUCUAACGGCGAAUUAAAACCCCGUUCAAAAUGGCAUUCACUGUUGAAGUCCAAUCAUGCCAAUCUAGGCCACAAAGCGAUAUUAACAACAACGUCAACUCAACCGUCGACAAUAAUCAAUACCGAAAAUCUAGAGGAAGUGCUAUUCAUGAUCCAGGAGCCACAAAUAGCAGAGAUACAUAUACCAACUCCAACUUACAAUCGUACGCCAGUGAAAACGACAAACAAUUUGAAAAUCGUUGGAAACACAAAGAAUUCAUUACAAUUUCAGAGAAAUCAAAAUCUGAUAAAAAUACCGAAAGAGAAAACUAUUAUAAUACAAACCCCGACGAAUCGGGCGCAAAUACCGCAAACGAGAAUCGCGAAAACUCGUAUCAUAAGAGUACCCUUUUUACCAAGGUCGGAACAAUUAACGCUUAUAGUGAAAAGGAACCCAAUCAAAACACAAGGUUUAGUAAAGAAUAUAAUUACGGAAACGCAUUUGAACGAUCAGAACACGUUUAUAACACACCCGCAAGCGCCGGUGACUACAUUGACAGGCACAGAUUGCAAUUAUACAUUGAAAUCCUCAAACAAUUUAGCGAAUAUAAUUUCGGUACAAGAACUACCCCAAAUACCUAUUGCGACAAAAACAAAAACGAAACCAACAACAACGUCAAUGGCGACGCAAACGCCAACUAUGACUUUGGCGUCUAUGGCAGGAAUUCAGUUGACAAGUACAGACUCCGAAUUCCUUCAGGAUAUGAGUGGAGCAAUGCCUACUGCUACAGUUGAAGAGAUAAAUGUUCCGGUAUUCAUUGAUG